GAAUGAUCGAUUACCUACUGUAGGUAAUAUCGAAACUUGAAACUAUGAUCUGUAUCCAAUCCCUGAUUGAGACGUUCACGUUCCACGAAUCGAAUGCAUAAAGACUGAUGAAAUGUUCCCGACAGGACAGGGACGUAUGAAUCAAUUGGGAGGCGUUUUCAUCAACGGCCGACCUCUUCCGAAUCACAUACGGCUGAAAAUCGUCGAAAUGGCAGCGGCUGGUGUUCGUCCCUGCGUGAUCUCGCGGCAGCUUCGCGUUUCUCACGGAUGCGUUUCGAAAAUUUUGAAUCGGUACCAGGAGACCGGUUCCAUAAGACCGGGAGUGAUUGGUGGCAGUAAGCCGAGGGUAGCCACCCCUGAGAUCGAGGCGAGGAUAGAGGAGAUGAAAAGGGACAAUCCUGGAAUUUUCUCGUGGGAAAUAAGGGAAAAACUGGUGAAGGAAGGUUUCACGGAUCCUCCAAGUGUCAGUUCUAUCAGCAGAUUACUUCGCGGUGGACGACCUGGUGACGAUGGAAAAAAAGAUUACACCAUCGAUGGAAUAUUAGGCGGGGGUGAGUACAGAAUGACAAAUUUUACAUAUUAAUAUAUCACAAUUAUUUGGCAAUUAAUAUUUUUAUUAAGACAACGAGAAAACUUUUUGUUAAUGUUUCUUCACAAAUUGAAGAUUUAUUGUCUAAUAUUUUUUCAAAUUUCUGUUA